GCUUCCCAACACGAGAAACUUCAACUUUUUUUUGUUUGUUUGUUUUGAUUUUUGUUGUUGAUGCUUUGACUCUGCUAAAUUAUACCAUAACAAUCACUCAGGCGUUUUUGCGAAUUAUCAGUCCGUUAAGGUGAUUUCUUUUCUGUCUGUCGAUAGUAAGUAAAGAUUGUUGAGUCUAAGCUGGCGUUUCUGUCUCGUCUUAGGUAAACAGAGUCUCGGUUUGGGAGUUUCAUACAUUCAGUUUUGUGUUAGAUUGCCACGCUUUUAUUCAGUGCGCUGCACGUUUUCAGCCAAUGACACACGAUCUGCAGCAUUUUGGUGGAGAAGAAACGAAGGAAAGCGAAACUCUAUCUAUGAAGUCUAAACACGCAGAUUAAACACAUGUACAUUAGUAGUCGUGAAUUUCACUCUUCGCUCUUGUCAUAACAUUGUUAAUAUUUACUUUUAAAUGUGAAAAGUGAAGCGUGUCUGUGAUCAGUGCGCUGAAUGAAUGCGUUGAUGGUGACAUGAGUCAAACGGAGUGAAGUUGUGAAAUUCAGCAGACUCUGGUGAUGGAGUGAGACAAUUUGAGGUUUUAUUUUAUUUUAUUAUAUAUAUAAAAAAGAAUCAUAUUUAUUUAUUUAUGUUUGCGUCUGACUCGGGAGGGGAAACUGGAAGAAACCAGUAGGCACAGAGCUCCAUACUGAAGUGUUUAAGUUAGUCUGCGGGGAAAUUUAAAAAGACCUAAAAAUACAGCGUUGGUUUCUUCCCUACAAAGAAUCAUUUGAACUUCCCACCGCAGAGAGAGAGAGCGACAUAAAUAGUUCUGACAUGUGGAUGUAAUUUCAGAAGUGAAAAAAAGGAAAAAAAAAAAAGACAGAUGCGCAGAAAUAAAGCGAGCGGGCUGAACCGGACCAUAUAGUAGAUUAUAGGAAAUUAAAUCGAGGGCAGAGCGGGCGAUUAGAGUUAUGAUUUCACAAGCAGCCAAGAGCGUCGAAGGGCCAGAUGGAGUGAAAAGACGCAUCACGCUCCACUUUGAAGAGAGUUAAGUAGAUUAAAUAAUUGCUUUCUGAGCUCCAUCAGCUGUGUGUUUGAAUGACUCUCACUCUUGGAGGUAGAGUUGCCUCAGGGUCAGGGAUGGGAUCUUCUCUGCAACUCCAUAAUCUGGACUUUCUUCUCAUCUCACUCCUCAGCAGCCUUUGCCUGGUUUAUGCAGAUGAUGUGCUGACAAAAGAGGAGCAGAUUGGCCUGUUGGUCGAAGCAAAGAGAAAAUGUGAAGAUAAUAUCAAGUCAAGGGGUAAGAUACCUGAUGGCUUUUGUUCACCAGAGUGGGAUGGCAUUGUGUGUUGGCCUGAAGGACAUCCUGGAGACCUUGUGUUCACAUUGUGUCCAGACUAUAUUCAUGACUUCAAUCACAAAGGACUGGCAUACCGUCGCUGUGACAGCAAUGGAACGUGGGAGCUCGUCUCAGUCAACAAAACAUGGGCCAAUUAUAGUGAAUGUUCAAAAUUCCUCCACAUUCACGACUAUAUCCAUGAAAAGGAGGUUUUCCACCGUUUGUACAUCAUCUAUACCGUUGGAUACUCCAUCUCUUUGGGCUCAAUUAUGGUGGCUGUUGUCAUCCUGGGAUAUUUUCGACGGUUGCACUGCACCAGAAACUACAUCCAUAUGCACUUAUUUGUGUCCUACAUGCUACGAGCUGUAAGCAUAUUUGUGAAAGAUAUAGUUCUCUACCCUGGAUCUGCUUUGGAGAACAUGGAGGGAGUCACAAUGGAGGACUUCAAGUCCAUUACUGAAGCCCCACCUGCCAGCAAAACACAGUUUAUUACCUGCAAGGUGGUGGUGACCUUGUUCAUGUACUUUCUGGCGACCAAUUACUACUGGAUUCUUGUGGAGGGCCUUUACCUGCACAGUCUCAUUUUUAUGACUUUUUUCUCAGACAAAAAGUAUCUUUGGGGAUUUACACUGAUUGGAUGGGGAGUACCAGCUGUGAUUGUGACAAUCUGGGCCACUGUGAGAGCCACGCUUGCUGACACAGAGUGUUGGGACUUAAGUGCAGGCAAUUUGAAAUGGAUAUAUCAAGUGCCUAUUCUGGUGGCGGUGGUGAUUAAUUUUAUUUUAUUUUUGAACAUCAUCAGAGUCUUGGCAACUAAGCUACUAGAAACCAAUGCUGGGAGAUGUGAUACCAGACAACAGUACAGAAAGCUCUUGAAGUCUACGCUGGUGCUGAUGCCACUGUUUGGAGUCCACUACAUUAUAUUUCAUGCCAUGCCAUACACAGAGGUCUCUGGAAUACCAUGGUUGAUACAGAUGCACUACGAGAUGCUUUUCAACUCCUUCCAGGGUUUCUUAGUUGCAAUCAUAUACUGUUUUUGCAAUGGGGAGGUACAAGCUGAGAUCAAAAAGUCAUGGAGCAGAAGAACCUUGGCCCUUGAUUUCAAGAGAAAAGCUAGAAGUGGGAGUAAUACUUACAGCUAUGGACCAAUGGUAUCACACACCAGUGUAACCAAUGUCACUGCCAGAGGACCCCUGGCCGUCCAUCUCACCACAAGGCUAGGGCCUCUGCCUGUAAACGGCCACAGGAAUCUUCCUGGUUACGUCAAGAACGGCUCGGUCUCAGAGAACUCUGUGCCUUCCUCAGGACAGGAACUUCACAUACCUGAAGAGGAGCAGUCCGCACAAACACGGCCUACUGUGGAAGAGAAACCCACUCCUGUUGUCGAGGAGGAGAGGGAGACGGUCAUGUGACCUCUAGAGCACAGCAUAUAUAGCGAACAGACAAAUUGUGAACACUCUGAAUGGUCUGAAGGAGGAAACUGCAUGAACCAAAAAUAUUGGCUCUUUUCCUCCUGUAAACUGAGCCAGCACACUGCAAACUGAGGAGGCUCGAGGGAAAAGAGUGUCUUGAUUUUUCAACUUGGCUGAGAGAUAAAGACGGCAAGUUCAUAAAGGCGGAUAGUUUUUGUCCUUGCAUCCACCAUCUGCCAAAGACAAUUUGUGAAAGCCUAAAUCAAGGUGAAGUUUCUGACUUUCACUUCACUGCCAUGACUGAUUAUAUAGCUUCCUGUUCGCUUACAAGGAAAAUGUGUAUAAAUUAAGCAUAAGAUUGAGAAGACAUCAGCCUUACUCAUUUACUGUACAUUAAAGAUGGGAAACUUUUCUCAGCAAGGUUCAAUAUGAAUAGAAAAACUCAUAAAUGCUACAAUUUGUAAAGCCUCAGUUCUACAUAUUGGCAUGGUCACAUUUGUUCUCCACUGACUCACAUCUGUGUCAAUGUAAAAGGGAAGGUACUCGGGUAAUUGAGGUCCUUUGUUAUCACACACUUAUUUUCAUACUUUUCAAGAGGUGAUUAAUCGAAUUGUGCAUCUCCAGAAUCUUCAAUGUUCAUGAAGUUUUGCCAGGUUUGUUUUUUCUUUUCAUUUUUUUUACAGCUUCAGGUUUUUUAGGCAAUAUAAAUUUCAGUCAAAUUAGAAAAAAAUAUGAAGGAUUGAAUUGAAUUUAUAAAUUCCCCAAUUUUCUGUUAAAAAACUAUGGUCACACUACAUCAUGGAGCCAAUAUGAACUUUCAUUGACAUUUCUUGGUACUUUCCUUAAACUGACAUUUUCAGGCAUUUUCAUGCUGGGUAGUUUCUGGAGUCAAGCUUUAUUACAAGGUUGAAUAAUCUUUGGGUGCUUUCUGGGGACUUGCCGAGAAACUCCAUGGACCUUACAUGUAAUGUUUUUCUUUUGAAUCUCCUCGAAUUUGCCUGUAAGUAAAUAUAAACAAUAUGUAACUUUCAUAGUAGUUACCACCAGCUUUCCACUACUUACAAGAACUGUUCUGUGUUAUAAAUUGAUGUACAAUUUAAUAAGAUUUUAAAUGAAAUUAAUGACCAUUUUUAGGAGCUUGACUGUAUUGUGAGUUGACUCAUAAUGAGUACUUUCCUGACUUCAAUGAAUUUUCACAAACUGCAACAGUGUAUGUAUAUAUUUUGGCAUUUUGGAAGAAUGUUACUUGUCACAAAUAUGUUUCUUGAAAGUUCGAUGAACGUUUUAUAAAAUCUCCAUAAGAUUUUCAGAAAACCAUCUGGUAAGUUCGAUAAAAUUUACAUUAAAUUCACCUGUGACUUCAAUAAGACUUUACAUAGUGAACAUUCCACAAAUGAUAAUAAGAAUAUCAAAGUAAGAAUAUUUCAAGUGGAAUUUGAAGUAAAGGUAGAACAUGAACAGUAAUGGUUUGAUUUGUUGUCAUAAGGUUUUGAAAGUGAAAAUUAAAUCCAUGAGAUUACAUUCCCCAAGAAUUCAAAGAGUAGUAUUUAUGCUAGAUACAACGGAUAAAGGAUUUUCACAAAAGGCCCACAAUGUGCUGCUUCAUUUUCGUUCACAUUCAAGUCGCAGUGUUUACAGUACAUUCGCAGUUCAAAAGUACAUUCGAAUUAAGAGCUGAAUGUUGUUCCAAACAUACAGUAUAUGUUUUGUAGCUGUUGUGUCAUAUAUUUGCUGAACUGUUAAAUGAAUGUCGGAAUUAUACGUUGACUUUAAACACAGGUGGUAAAUGUAUUAACAUGUGACAGAUAUUGAUGGAGUCAGUUACUGACACAUGCCACAAAACAUUAAACUCAGUAAUUAAUUUGCACGGUUGACUGUAGGGCAUAUUAUUUAAAAGGCAUGGCAUGUCCUCAAAAAUGUAACACUUCAACAUAUUUUUGUAUUUAUGCCCAGUAUUAAUUUAAAUUUACCAAAUCCUCCCAAAGAUAGUGAAAUGUCUUCAAAGAUGUUGUUUUGAACUUAGAAUCUGAAAUCCAUAAUUAUUAGAUCAGAUUUUUACCUAUAAUAUAAACUCUUGUGAUGGAUUAUUUAUACGCAUUCAGGAUGCACUACCAUUUCAGCCAUAUUUUAAACUACAAACUCAAAUUAAUUUUAUACUUUAUUUUUUUAGUUUUUCAGUACAUCUGUCAGUAAGUCUAUGAACAUAAUUGCUAAAAGAGGUUAAUGUGUUUCAGUUCCUUUUGUUCAUCUGUUCAGAGACUUCUGUACUUCAGCCAUCGUUUUCGAAGGAAACAAAAACUGCAAAGUCUUACAAAGUCUGUAACAAAGGGAAGUUACUUAAUUUUUUUACAGACGGCCUUCAUCCUAAAAUAAUGGCAAUGCACACUAGUAGCCAAUUAAAAAAAACAAACAAAAACAACUGAAAAACACACUUUUUGCGGUAUGUUUUAGAUACACAUUGUUUUUGCGGUGAGGGGGAUUACAACUUAUGUAUUUUUUACACCAAAUCUGUUAAAAUGUCUUGUGAUAAUGUCUUAGCAUAUUAAGAGAAACAUAAUUUUCUGGGAUAUUACAGAAGUAUACAUAAGCAUUGCAGAAAUUUUGAAAUUACUCCAUAUCACUUCCUUAAUCCAGAUAUCUUCCACUUUAUCAGUCACAACUACAACACAAGAUUUAGGGGAUCCAAUUCACCUGAUGCAAUGGGCCAAAAAAUAUAAGCUCCUAUAGUAAAUAUAUCUUGAACAAAAUGUGUUCAGUGAAAACAGUUUGAUUAUUGUUUAAAUGCCUUAUGUAAUAAGGUCAGCCAGAAUCCGAGUACUUUUAGAAAGAAAUGCUUGCAAUUUUUAUAGUAGCACUUUAUUUUCCCUGUUAUUAUUUUUUUUUUACAAUUCUGUUCUGAUUUUUUUUUCAUACAAAGAUUGUGUUUCAGAAUUUAAAGGUGAAUUUUCAUAGAGCUAAUGUUAUAAGUGUUUAUAUACCUCCUCUGGAAGUAAAAAGUGUGUUUUGUCAUUUAUUUAUGUGCAAAUGUAUUCAGUGGAAGUGGUAUUUAGUCUCAAAGCCUUGUGUAAAACUGUAGUAUAUAUAUUGGCAGUAUUUGGUUGAAUACAUCUCUUCGGUACUCUGUAAUUAAGGCAUUUGUAGAUGUCAGUGUAAAUAUUCUAAACAAUGGUUUCUCUCUUAUGUUCAUCAGUAAAUUGUAAGACAAUAAAUCUGUAAUUUCAUUAUUUU